CUUUGGAUGGUUAAAAGUGCUUUGAUGUUGCAUGAAGUGGAGGGAAGCAAUGAGUGGAGAAUCAAAUACCGUAAACAAAAUGACAAGCACUACAGAAAAGAAGCAGGGAAAUUCAGAGUCAGACUCAGGGAGCCCACAGAAGACAAAAACCAGCAAACCUGAACAAGAAAGUAAAAAAUCGAGUUCUUCAAGUGAGGAAAGUAAAUCUAGCAAGAGGAAGACUGCAGAAGGUGGGAAGGGGGAAGAUGAUGGCUCUGAAUCUGCAUCUGGUUCAGAUAAAGAUAAAGCUAGUAAAGCUCAAGAAGGAAAGAAAGAUAAAGAUGUUUCAUCUGGUGAAAGCAGUAGCAGCAGCAGUAGCAGCAGCAGCAGUAGUAGCAGCAGCAGCAGCAGUAGCAGCAGCAGUACCAGUAGCAGUGGCAAAAGGUCUUCCAGAAUCAAAAAGAGAAUUGAACCUGAGCCAGCUCGAGCAACAGCAAGAAUUAGAAAGAAAAUUAUUAGGGUACGAGAUACAAGAAAGAGAGGUGAUUCUUCAUCAAGUGAUAGUAGUAGCAGUAGCAGAAGUUCAUCAGAGAGUAGUUCUGGGUCUUCAAGUGAUUCAAGUGAUUCUCGUACUUCGACAUCAGGUACUUCUUCAAGAUCAAGUUCAUCUUCCAGUAGUUCCAGUUCAUCAUCGAGCUCCGAUUCAAGAGCGCAAGUGAAGCGCAAAAAUCGGAGUGCCCCUCGCAAUGUUGAGGCUGUGCGGAAGAUGAAAGAGAGACUGAAAAUGAGACAGAAGACAAAAGAAAAUGUAAAGGAGAGAGUCAAGGUGAGACAAAGGGAAGACAGGAGAAAGCCUCAACCAAAAAUGAGAACUGUUGUUCGUUCAAGGUCACCAGGAAGACGUAAACGUAGAGAGCGCUCACCUACUCCAAAACCCACGAAGCUGCAUAUUGGUCGACUUACAAGAAAUGUGACAAGGGAGCAUAUCUAUGAAAUAUUUCAGGCGUUUGGAAAUGUAAAAAGUGUGGAAUUUCCAAUGGAUAGACUGCACCCCGGGUGUGGUAGGGGGUUUGCAUAUGUUGAAUAUGCAACACCUGCUGAGGCUGAAAGUGCAAUGAAGCAUAUGGUUGGUGGUCAGAUAGAUGGCCAGGAGAUCACUGCUGCUCUGGUGCUGAUGCCACCCAAACCAAGACCACCUCCACCUCGUCGCAGUCCUCCUCCCCGCAGACCUGUGCAUCGUUGGCCUCGUACACCACCAAGGUAUCGGCGUCGUUCACCUCCUCCACCGCCACGCCGAAGAAGUCCGCCUCGUCGGCGACCUUACCGCUCCAGAUCUCGUUCUCGAACACCUAUUCGUCGCAGGCGGUACAGUUAUUCAAGCUCCAGUAGUUCACACUGAUUUUGUUUGUAAAGAAACUCUUGGUGUACAUAAUGUGUUACAUGUGUAGAUUGUUGGGACACUUUCAGUAUUUAGGAGAAAAAAAUAAUACUAUCAAGGAGAUGCUUUUGCCAAAAACUGGGAAUGACAGGAAACAGGCCAAAACAUAAUUGCCAAAUUGAUUGUUGCAUGAAACUGAAGCAAUGACAGGAGGCUAAAAAGCUUAUUCUGGUGGAAACCAGUUUGUGGGUGCAAAUGAUUUUUAGAGCAAUAGAAAUUAGUGUUGGUAGUAAAAUUCGGAAAGCAUUUAAAGGUUAGGAGAUUCUAUCAUUGAGAGGAAGAGUAAGUUUAAAAAUGCAUGGAUAACUUAUCAGAUAAUGAUCCUGUGUUGGUAACUAUUUCAGAUCACAUCAACGUGAGAAGUGGUUGGCUAGAAUAAGGACUGUACAAUUUGUGACUGAAUAAUGUAAUCACGAUUAGUGUUUGAUUUCUCAUAGAAUCUGGAGUGAGACUUCAGAAAUGGACGGCGCAUGCAUUUCAAAAAGUUACUGGUGUAUGUUAGAACAUUUUCACCCACAUUAGCUCGUUUCCAUUUGCUGCCAUUUCAAAGUCUCCAUCUAGUACAUGUUAAAUGGGUACAUAGUACAAAUUUCAUCAGCUUUCAUUCCAAUUUGUGAAUGAAGUGAGAUGAAAGGCUUGCCUGUAAUUGUAUGUAUACUUCCUGAAUUUUUUUUUUUUUUGCAUCUUAUCAUUGAUGUUGCAGAGUACAUUUAGGAAACCAAAGUGUAUUGAAGAUCUAUUUUAAGGCCCAUGUAUUGGAAUUAUGCUAUAACUUUUUGCACGUAGGUAAUAUCUUACUAGUGGGAUUUUCAUGAUUGUUGGAGUGAACAGCACAAUCAGAUAAUUUAUUGUUUCAGUGGUUGUAAAUUACUGUCAUAUAUAAAGAAAGUAAUAAAUGUGAGGAAGCAUGAGGAUUCAUUUAAAGUUACCUGCCUGUACAAUUGUUGUUCGUGUCAAACCAGUGUCCACUUGCUACAUAAUUGUUGUUCGUGUCAAACCAGUGUCCAGUUACUGAAUGUGAUUAUAGCCGUAGGGUUAUGAAUAUGUCCAGUGUUCUGUAGAAAUAAUGUGUUUCUUACAGUCUUAUUUAUUUUUAGAAUUUGAUUGUGUUUGUGAUGUUUUUAAUUUAUAUUUAAAUGAAAUGUGUGAUGAUAAUCCUACAGUAAACUUAUUUUUCCAGAACUGAAAAUGAAAUUCUAAAAAUGGAAAACAUAAAUCUUUUCAUCCCUCCUCUGUGUGCUGGAAUUUUCCGAGAAUUGCUUUUCAGGGAAGGGACAAAAGAAUGAGUAUCAUAAGCAACUCACAUGACUGAAAAUUGUGGUUUAAUGUGCCCUAAAUGCAUAGUGCCAUCCAAAUAAAAUAAAGUAAAUGUCAGAUGCCUGUAUGAUCAAUGCACAUUGACUUGAGGGCUGUGGCAUAAUGUGGUUAUGUAUUUGCACUAAACUGUAAUAUUUUGCUAAUACUAAAAAGGGAAAAUAACAAAUUAGCAAAUUGUGUGUUAUACUUGAAGUACUGUAUUAAUGCACAGUUCAUACUUUAUGCUACAUAGGUAAUAUACUGCAGUUCAGUUUAUGUUUCAGUUUUAUGUCAUAUAAUGGAAUGAAGAAAAUUUAUGCAUUCACUUAAAAAAUGGAUUUUGUUUAAAUGAAUAAAGCUCAGUUGUAGGUUUCGAUAAGUAGCAAGGAAUGUGUAAAAAAUGUGUGUAUUUACUGACGAACUGCAGCAAGUUAGAUGUAUUCAAGCUGUGAAAGACUUAAUCUUCACUUGCUCAGAAUGCAUUUCAAACCAUUCAGUACUAGGCAGUGAUUCAAGAUAAAGUGCCAGUCAUGCAGAAUUUGGGUGUCUUUAUUUAGAUGCCAUACCCACUUCUCAAAGUGUACAUACACAGAGCAUCACACCUCUAUUUCCCACUUUGUUGUGUAAGACCAAUCCAUUGCAUUUUGUGAUGUUUCAAGGUCUGUCAUAAAUACAAAAAUUUUGUUUGUAUUACAAUUAGUAAUAACAUUUUAAUAUUUUGUUUCUACAACAACAUAUGUAAAUGUAUGUGAGCUUAUUCUCACUG